CAUCUACCUUAUAAACUGUUGUGUAACUUUCUAACACACUCACAUGUCGUCGAAUAAAGCACUGAAAGAGCAGAAGAUGAGAGACCCACAAUGAGACAGAGCAGGUGGCCGCUACACUGAUAAAGAACGUGGGAAAAUGGGCAAUAUGGCAACAGAGAUCGUUGCCUUCCUUCUCACCAUAUCCGGAUGGAUUCUGAUCUCCUCCACGCUCCCGACUGACUACUGGAAAGUGUCCUCAGUGGACGGGACAGUCAUCACCACGGCAACCUUUUGGUCCAAUCUCUGGAAGACGUGCGUUACGGAUUCAACCGGAGUCUCCAACUGCAAGGACUUUCCUUCUAUGCUUGCACUGGAUGUUUUCCUCCAUGUAUGCCGGGCCCUGGCUGUCGUCUCUGUGAUCUUUGGCUUCUGGGGGGCUGUUCUUGCCCUCAUUGGGAUGAAAUGUACCAAAAUCGGAGGCUCUGAGCUUGCCAAUGCCAGAGUUACAUUCGCAGCAGCACUGACAUACAUGGCAUCCAGUUUCUGUGGUAUGAUAGUGUACUCCUGGUGGGGAAAUAAAAUGCGUUCAGACUUUGUGGAUCCAUAUUACUUGGAACAGAAGUAUGUUGAGCUCGGUGCAGCUCUCUUCAUCGGUUGGGGAGGUUCGUGUCUGGUUAUAUGUGGAAGUGCAGUCAUGUGGUAUUUCUCUGCAAGAAUGUCAUUCCCACGAAGCUUUACCAAGAAACCCAGAAGACCCCCAACUUACAUGACAGCACGAACUAGACAGACGUACAUGCUGCCGGGCUCGUCCAGACCCACAACAUUCAUCAUCCCUCCUUCACACCAAUCAUACAGAGUGAACAGAGAAAAUAGAGAGAGUAGAGGGAGGAGAGGAACACAAGAAAGCCAGUUUCAAAGAACUGUCAGGCCCCUCAUAGACUCAACCGUGUAA